AUGUCCGAAAUAAACGCUGGGUUUUCGCAUUCACAGGAACCGUUACCUUCCUCUUCCUCUUCUUCAUCCUCACCCUCCUCUUGCUUCCUCCUCCAAGCCCCCAAAAUCCUCCUCGAUUCCCUCAAGAUUUUCUUGAGAAACAAACGCAUUUUCCUUUCCAUUUUUGCCCUCACCACUCUCCCUCUCUCCUUCCUCCUCUUCUCCCUCUCCCUCUCCUCCCACCGCCUCCGCUCCCACGUCCUCCAACUCGAGUCCCUCGCCAGCCUCUCCCCCACGCGCUUCGAGGCGCGUCAGGUCUGGAAAGAGUCCCGCGACGACGCCAUCUCGAUCCUGUACACCAAGGCCCUCUUCCUCCUCCCCUGCUUCUCCCUCUCCCUCCUCGCCGCCGUCUCCGCCGUCACCUCCGUCACCCUCGCCGUCAACGGCAAACGGCCUACUCUCCACUCCGCCGUCACCGCCGUCAAGUCCACGUGGAAGCGCCCGCUUGCAACCUCCAUCCUCGUCUACGCGCUCUUCCUUGCGUACGUCCCCGUCCCCCAAACCCUUUCCGCGGCUUUCCCUUCGCCGGCGUUAAGAUUACUAAUCCUGACCGUCGGAUCCGUUGUGGAGGUUUAUCUGAUGGCGGUGAUGAGCCUCGCCGUCGUGGUGUCGAUCGCGGAGGAGAGAUUCGGGUGCGAUGCGAUCCGGGUUGGGUCGGGCCUGAUGGGAGGGAGGAGGGUUUGCGGGUGGGUUUUGUCGGGGCUGUCCGUUUCGGCGACGGCGUUUAUCUCUGGGGAGCUAGAGGAGGCGAUGGACGGUCAGGAUCAGUCGAGGAAAACGACUUCGACGAUGUCGUCGUUUGCGGCGGCGAUAAGGGUGGCGGCGGGAGUAAGCGACGAGAUUGGGUUGGUCGUUUUGUACGGAGCUGUGGUGCUGUGGAGUUACGUCGUUUUUUCUAUUUUUUACUGUGAUAGUAGAAGACGGCAUGGGCUUAAAGCAGAGAAUAGUGAAAAUGUGAGAGUGUAA